AUGUUACCAUUUGUUAAAUUGCCCGAGUUUCCGUUUGUAAUUUGCACGAUAUGCCAUUACGCAUAUAUCGUCAAGGAGAUUGAGCCGCAUUUGAAGAAGCACCACAAGGGCAUCAAAGCAGCUACCAGGAGAGACAUCGCCCAGCAAAUAAAAGAUUUGCCCGGUAUAAUUGAGGAUCAGCGAGGAUUAUUAACGUGGCAGAAACCACCGCCGACAAUCGACCCGAUCCCGCAUAUCCACCCGCCCGUGACCGAUAAGUUAGGUUGUAAUGAGGAAGGGUGUUUAUAUGUGACAGGCACCAUUCGUGGGAUACAGGGACAUUACCGGAACGAACACGGGUGGAGCAAUCCGCGAGGGAGAGGAAGGCGGUUUAUGCACCAACCCAUGGACCCAAGCGAGGUACCGUGGCGCACAGGCGUUCAAAGCCAGCAGUUAUUUCGUAACGGGUCGGCCAGCGGUUGGUUUGAGGUCGGGUUCGGGGCACCGGCCACCCAAACGGCAGACGAAGCCGCCAUGAUGGAACGGGCGGUAUGUGCCAUGAAGCAGAAGCAGGAGCAAUUCGAGCGGGAGGAUAAAGAGUGCAUCAAGGCCGCCGACGGAAAGACAGAUGCCAAUGGGUGGUUAGAGCGUGUGGGAUGGGCCAAUCAUUUACAGGGUUUUGAUCCGGAGGCCAUGAGACGGUUGAUGGAUCCGGUCGGCGAGGAGGAGCAUGUUUUACAGUUGAUCCACGAGAGCAUCAUGCGGGUCAUGCUGCAGGCACGCAUCACCGCCACCCCCAACACGGUUGGCAGCCAGGCAUUGUUCGAAGUACAACGUAAAGAAGUCGAUAAGAAGCCGCGGCGGCCAUUUGACAAUCGGGUGGAAGAAGACACGUGGGCACGGUACACCGCGGUGUGGUCCAAGUUGAUAUGUUAUGUUUACCGCGCAGAAGAGUUGGACGACGACAAGAGGCCCGGGUUCAAGUUGACAAAGCAACAGGGCGACCGCAUGGAUGCAUUGGAGCUCAUGAUCAACGACCACGUCGAAGAUCCCGAGGCCAACCCAUUAGAUGAGGAUAAAGUCGAUACGCUGGUAUUACAGGUGGUCAUCGCAUUAUUAGAUCACAGGUUAACGGUCGGUGAGUAUCGCAGCGCCAUCAUCAGCGGGUUGGCCGUAUUAGGGAUUCGUCAAGAUGGAGGGUGGAUGGAUGCGAUAGAUUACACAACCACAUAUUCGGCCGUGAUCAAGGUGGCGCGGGCCAUGGUCGUAUAUCGAUCAUUUCAGGAGAGGAAGGAAGAGGUGGCCCGGUUGCAGCGGGAGAAGGAUUUGGACGAGGAUGAGGCCGACGAGGAGGCGACCAGCAUGUUCCGCAUCGUGCGUGAGAAAGUGCAGAAGUUCAUGACGGUGACAUCAAAAGAGGCAUACGCCGAGCCGACGCCGAUGGAUUGGAUAUAUGAGGCGCGAUCGUACGGCAUGUUCAUCCGGUUCAACACGCCAGCAGGCGGGACCGUGGAUUGGGUCGGCGACCAGAUCAGUUCAUUUAUUCACUUUACACUACACUUCGAUACGACCCUCGCGCUUUUCGAAAUCUCAAUUCCCAUCAGCUAUAAGCAACACACCAGAACAUCAGCCAUCUGCAUUCGUAUCAACCCCCGAUCUAUCACCUCUCUUACACAAUCCAUCGUACGAGAUCUCCCCGAUGCCGCCAAACCCAUCUUUGGCUUUACAUCUGCAAUCUGUCUUGACUUUGAGCUCAACGAUGCAGUCACUGUCCUCAUUCCAAGUUUCAUCACCGAGCCAGUUACAGCAGCCCGAAAACGUUCCGGCAUUAUCAUUAACUCGCUCUACGAGUUGACACAGGCAACCUCUGCUACCGCGACUGCACAGCAGAAGCUGCAUCCAUUCUCCGGCCCCGACUAUGAUAUUGCUCGCUGGUUCUGGGGCCGUGGCGCAAAGGUUACAACUCUUCCGACGCCACCCCCACCUUCAUAUAACAAAGCAACGGCCGACCAAGCGAAUAUACCCUUAUAUAGCGAAUCAAUAACCUUCGAUCCCCCGACCACCUCCCAUAAGCGCAAACGCAGCCAAGACGCCGUCGGCAAAAGAGUUCAGGUCCCUGAUAGCGCAGUAAUCUGGACCAAGCUACUAGAACUGGAGGCCACAGUCCAGCAUCAUCCACCACCGGCAACUAUCCCCGGAGAUCAGUCACAGCAUAUCAAAGAGCUACAUGCCAUAAUUGACAACCUACAAACACAGUCCACACAAUACGAGCAGAAGGCACUAGAUCGAGAAACCGAGGUUACCAAUCUACGAAUACAACUUGCGCAAUGCGAGAAGAAAGUUCUAGAUCUCGAGACCGAAGUGGCAGCUCUGCGAGACGCCCAAGACAAUGCCGACAACACAGGGAGCGUGGAAAUAAGUGAGAUGCAAGAGAAUAUCCUCGAUCUCGAAGGAAAGAUAGACUAUGUUACAAGAAGGAAAGAUGAUGACGAUUUUGCGCAUAACUAUCCUUAA